CGCGCUGGUGUCGUCACUUCCGACGCGCAGGGGCCUGGCGGGAUGGCGGCGCGGCGGCGGCGGGAGCGGAACCGGCGCCGGCAACGGGACCGGGACUGGGACCGGGACCGGGACUGGGACACCGAGCCGGAGCCCGACGGGGCCGGGAUGGCGGCGCUCUCCGAGAAGAUGGUGAACGGCUGGGUGAUGCAGUUCUACUUCCACCGGGCCGCAGAGGCCUAUCGCUCCGGGCGCAACCGCGAUUUCCGCCAGUUCCGAGACAUCAUGCAGGCGCUGCUCAUGCGGCCCCUGGUCCGGCAGCCGGACGUGGCCCAGAUGCUCCGCAUCAUGCAGCUGCUGUCGCGGGUGGAGGAGGGCGAGAACCUCGAUUGCACCUUCGACAGGGAUUCCGAGCUGACCCCGCUGGAGUCGGCCAUGCUGGUCGUGGACUACAUCCGUAAGGAGUUCUCCGUGCCAGACAGGACCAUAGAACCCGUGCAGAAAAUGGUGAAGGAAGCUGCUGUUGUCGUCUGUAUCAGGAACAAGGAGUUUGAAAAAGCUUCUGACAUCGUCAAGAAGCACUUUGGCCAGGAGCCCGGAAACCAAAAAAAGAGGAACGAGUGGCUGGCUGUCAUCCAGGAGAAGAAUCCCUCUCACCCAAAGGUCAAAAACUUCUCCUACAAGGACUUCCAGCAGAGCAUCUUUGACUUCCUCAAGGGCUACAUGGACGACUCGGAGCCCGUGCUGCUGACGUCAUUGAAAAAGACUUUGAACUUGGAGCAAGGCAAAGCAAAAUCCUCGCUGGGGACUUCUGAGCUUGCAGAUGGGCUGAAGGACCAGGCAGCAGCUCCGGAGGCCUUGGGAAGUGCAGAGGGCCCAGCCGGAGCUCCAGAGGCAUCGGGAAGUGCAGAGGGCCCAGCCGGAGCUCCAGAGCUUGCAGGAGCAACAGAAGACCUGGAGGGAGCUGCCAACCCUGCAGAAAGGCUAGCUGGUCUCACAGCAGCUGCAGAGAUUGUGGAAGAAGCCAGUGGCCCUGCAGCAGCUGUGGAACCCAUGGAAGUAGUGACUGACCCAGCAGCAACGCCUGAACAUUUAACAGCAGCGUGUGAUGUCCUGAAGGGCACGCCAGAGCCUAUGGACGUAGCCAAAGAACCAGCAGCAGCAGCCCCAGAACUCCCCAGGGUGCCCACCAGGGAGUCACAAAGGCAGCCCCCCGGAGCUGUAACCUCGUGUGGGAUUUCUGUCCUGAGAGAAGCUUUCAAGAUCCUGUCGGACUCUGGGGACCCGGACGCCCUUUUCACCAAACUGGACGAAACAGACUUGCCUUCCCCCAAGCAACUGUCUCCUUCUGUAUCCCACAGAACCAAGAGAUGCAGAGAAGUGGAGAAUCAAGCUUCUGAGACCUCACAACCUCCUGAAACGUCCCAUAACAUCAAAAACUUGUUCAGCAUAAGCAAUCUGAUCAUGGAGUUGGACGGCUCGUCCAGCAUGUCCAGCGAGGGCCCCGACUCUUCCCAGGAGCACGUGGUCUCUUCUGCUUCCAAACCUGCUCCGAAAUUGCCUGAGAAGCCCUUGGCUGCCCAGAGUGAGAAGUCCUUCAAAGGACGGUGGAACAGCUCCUGUGGCACAGAGGAGAAGGACAGCUGGAGUGAUGAGGACGAGCUCUUUGCAAAUACAGUUUCAUUUGAGAAAAGCAACCUCUCCAACUCCAGCUCCAAGAAACAGAAAUGGACCAUGCAGGAGAGCGAGUGGAUCAAGGAGGGAGUGAAGAAGUACGGAGAAGGGAGGUGGAAAUCCAUUUGCCUGAAGUACCCCUUCAGGAACCGCACGGCCGUGAUGAUCAAGGACCGCUGGCGGACCAUGAAGAAACUGGGAAUGCUCUGAACUUGGGCGCCAUAGGACUUUCUUCAUGGUUUUUGGACCUGUUUGUUUUUUGGAAGCUGGACCAGAGUGCUGUCUCUGGCAGUGGGGAAGCCCCUCUGACACCAAAAGCGUGGCUGACAGCUCCAGCUGUACCUGCAGAGAGCAGCCUGCUGCAUGUGGCAGGGCUGUGCAGCCUCUCAGCCUGAAUUUAGACUGAGACUUCCUUGUCCACCUGACCACUGCAGCCUCUGGAACAAAUCCCAGCUGUCUGCUCUGCUCAGGUGUGAUCAGCAGGAUGCUCUCAGAGGUGACUGUUUUUGUGUUUUAGUUGUCUGUUCUCUGAAGCACUUGGAUCAUCUCUUUGCCAUCCCUCCCUUGUAGAACAGGCAGCACUGAGUCCCAGCACUUCUGUGCGGAAGAGAUUCAGGCAAGAGGAUCUACUUGUAUUUUUUCCCCCUAUUUCUGUUUUGUAAAUGGCUAAUCUGUGAGGAGAGAUUGCUCCCUUCCAGCUCUGAGGCUUUAAAAAGCUAAAAUUACUUUGUCUUUCAGUCCUUGGAACUAUUUGUUUCUAUGCUAAAACUUUUAUUUCUGUCUUUGGUAAUGUUUUCUUUGGACUUUUCCUGGUACUAGCCACAUGUUCCUGCCUUCAGCUGCAAAGCUGGAAGUCACCUGUAAAAUAAAGUUCCUUUCUUGUUUAACAUCAA